AUGGAAAAGGCACUUGCGCGAUACGGUGUCACUCAUCGUCUUUCCACCGCAUAUCACCCGCAAACUAGUGGCCAAGUAGAGAAUGCAAACCGAGGGGUGAAGAGAAUCCUUGAGAAAACGGUAGGAAAAAGUAGGAAGGAUUGGUCGGAAAAGCUCGACGACGCUUUGUGGGCAUUCCGCACCGCCUAUAAGACACCGUUAGGCACCACACCCUUUAUGAUCGUAUAUGGCAAAGCUUGCCAUCUCCCGGUUGAAUUAGAACAUAGGGCGUUGUGGGCGUUGAAAACCGUGAACCUUGACCUUACCGAAGCCGCAAGGAGGAGAUUCUUCCAAAUUCACGAGUUGGAAGCUUUGAGGGAUGCCGCAUAUGAAAGAUCUUGGAGCAUCAAGGAAAAAUCAAAGGCAUUGCAUGAUCGAAGGUUGCGAGGUUUGAAAGAGUUUAAGGUAGGUGACAAGGUACUCUUGUUCAAUUCCCGUUUGAAAUUGAUAGCAGGUAAACUGAAAUCGAGGUGGAAUGGACCGUACGUGGUUAAACAAGUGUUUCCGUACGGCACGGUUGAGCUUUACGAUGAAGUUGAUAAGGGAGUUUGGAAGGUGAAUGGCCACCGUUUGAAACAUUACUUGGGAGGUCCAAUUGAUGCUACCGAAGAGGAAGAAAUUCCUCUAGAGGACCCACCCACCUUCGCCGAACAGUAA